AUGACCGUCGACACUUUGGUCGAGGCCAUCGCGCCCUAUCGACUCCGUCCGGCAUGGAUGCACGGAUACGUGGGCCCGUUCGUCGCCCUGUUCGCCGUCUGGACGGGCGUCUUCGUCCAGUUCUUCGGCUUCGAGGAGUACACCGAGCUGCUCUACAUCGGAUGCGGCAUCCUCUUCGUGUUGCAGGCGCUGACGUUCCUGUUCUGCCACUGGGUGGUCGCCGUGCAGUGCUUCAUGACGUGCGCAUCGGUGGCCAACGUCAAAACGGCCGAGUACGUGCGCGUGACGCCGACCCCGAACAAUGGCCACGCCGAGCUUGUUCCCCUGCGAAGGACGAAGUUUAACGGGAUCGUCAAGCUGUGGUUCGAAUUCCAGAAGGUGCACUACGUGUUUGACGACGAGGCCGGCGGGUUCAGGACCAUCGAAUUCGACUCGAAGAAGCCCUUCAAAUUCUACCAAUCGGCCCAGGGCAUCCAAAGCGACGACGAGCUCUCGGAGACCAAGUUCAACCUCGGCGACAACAAGAUGGAGAUGGUGAUCCCGCAGUUCUGGGACAUGUUCAAGGAGCGAGCCACGGCCCCAUUCUUCGUCUUUCAGGUGUUCUGCGUCGGGCUGUGGUGUCUGGAGGACAUGUGGUACUACUCGCUCUUCACCCUCUUCAUGCUGAUGACGUUCGAGGCGACGCUCGUCAAGCAGCAGAUGAAGAACAUGUCCGAGAUCCGCAACAUGGGCAACAAGAGCUACAUGAUCAACGUCUAUCGAAACAACCGGUGGAAUCGCGUGAAGACGGAAGAGCUCGUGCCCGGGGAUAUCGUCUCGAUUACGCGCGGAACGGACGAACAAACGAUGCCCUGCGACGUGGUGCUCCUCCGCGGCUCGUGCAUCGUCGACGAGAGCAUGCUCACCGGAGAGACCGUGCCCCAGAUGAAGGAACCCGUCGAGCACGUUGAAGGGAACAGGAUCUUCGAUUUCGACGUGGACAGCCGUUUGCACGUGAUCAGCGGCGGCACGAAGAUCGUCCAAGUAUCGGCCCCAGAAAAGCAAGCAGCCGGGAUGAAGGCGCCGGACAACGGGUGCGUCUGCUUCGUCCUCCGCACCGGCUUCCACACCAGCCAAGGCCGUCUCCUCAGGACCAUCAUGUUCGGCGUGAAACGCGUGACGGCCAACAGCAUGGAGACGUUCUGCUUCAUCCUCUUCCUCCUCAUCUUCGCCAUUGCCGCCUCCUCGUAUCUAUGGAUUAAGGGCAGUGAAGACGAGCGGCGCAGCAAGUACAAGCUCUUCCUGGAGUGCACUCUCAUCCUCACCUCCGUCAUCCCGCCCGAGCUGCCCAUCGAGCUCUCGCUGGCCGUCAACACGUCGCUGAUGGCCCUGCAGAAAUUGGGCGUCUUCUGCACCGAGCCAUUCCGGAUCCCAUUUGCGGGCAAAGUGUCAAUCUGCUGUUUCGACAAGACCGGCACGCUCACCACCGACAAUCUCGUCGUCGAGGGCGUUGUUAUGAGCGAUGAUGAAGAGAAGGGGAUGGCUCGCACGGCCGCCGACGCCGAGAUCCCGUCAAUACAAGUGCUGGCCGCCUGCCACAGUCUGGCUCGAUAUGAAGAGGAACUCGUCGGCGACCCACUGGAGAAGGCCUGUCUCGCGUGGGCUGACUGGAAUAUUUCUAAAGGAGAUGCCGUCGUCCCGCGAAAAGCCAAGCUGCCCGGCCUUCGCAUCCAACACCGCUACCACUUUUCCUCGGCCCUCAAAAGGAUGACUGUGAUUGCCGGCUAUCAAAAACCGGGCACCACCGAGUCCACCCAAAUUGUGUGCGUCAAGGGGGCGCCGGAGACGCUUCGUGAAAUGUACAAAAACAUGCCCAAGGACUACGACCAGAUCUACCAGAAGCUGGCGCUGCGUGGGGCGCGCGUGUUGGCGCUCGGCAUCCGCGAAACCGACAAUCUGACGGCCCAACAGAUCCGGGACACGCCCCGCGAGCAAAUUGAGCGCGGACUCGACUUUGCCGGUUUUGUCGUCAUCUCGUGCCCGUUGAAGAAUGAUACAAAGCCCAUGAUUAGGGAGAUUAUCGACAGCUCCCAUCAGGUGGUGAUGAUCACUGGCGACAAUCCGUUGACAGCCUGCCAUGUCGGACAGACGCUUCGAUUCACCAAAAAGAAGGCUCGCGUCCUUCUCCUCGACGAGCCUCUAAAUGAUGGCGAAUGGGCAUUGGAGGCAGUGGAUAAAGAAGGCACGAAGGGUGUCUCCCGGAUUUCCAUCGUGGAUGCCGACCGGUUGAAGGGCAAACAGUGGAACGACUUCCUCGCCCAACACGAUUUUUGCUUCACUGGACCGGCAUGGUCGUAUUUGCACGCGAACCAUCUGGCCUUCCUGCGACGCAUCCUAUUCCAUGUGCGCAUCUUCUCACGCAUGGCGCCCAAGCAGAAGGAGCACGUGAUCAACGAGUUCAAGCAGCUCGGCUACAUGACGCUCAUGUGUGGAGAUGGCACAAAUGAUGUCGGAGCGCUGAAACAUGCCAACGUUGGAAUCGCCCUCCUCUCCCACCCGUUCGACGCGACGAAGGCCAAGGCAAAAGAAGAGGCACAAGCCGCGCUCAGGGAACAACAACUACAAGUACAACAGCAGCAGCCACCGGCGGCGGCGGCAAGAAGACCCGAGGGACCGUCUCCAAGGGCUAGACCGGGCGCCCCUCCGCCCGCAAUCUCGGCAGCCCAGAAGAAGCUGGAGGCGAUGAUGAAGGAGUUGGAGGAGGAGGAAAAGGCGCAGGUUGUCCGUCUCGGUGACGCCAGCAUCGCCGCCCCCUUCACCAGCAAGUACACCUCAAUCCAAAGCGUGUGCCACGUGAUCAAGCAGGGCCGCUGCACGCUCGUCACCACCCUGCAGAUGUUCAAGAUUCUCGCGCUGAACGCCCUCAUCUCGGCCUAUUCCCUGUCGGUGCUCUACCUCGACGGCGUCAAGUUCAGUGACACGCAGGCAACGAUUCAAGGUCUCCUCCUGGCCGCCUGUUUCCUGUUCGUCUCCAGGAGCAGGCCGCUCCAAACGCUGUCCCGCCAGCGCCCGCUCGCCAACAUCUUCAACGCGUACACCCUGUUGACGGUGACGAUGCAGUUUGCGCUCCAUUUCUACGUGCUGCUCUACAUUGUCGGCCUGGCGCACGCGGCUGAGCCAAGGCCGGAACAGAUCGACCUGGAGGCGACGUUCUCUCCGAACAUUCUCAACUCGACCGUCUAUGUCAUCUCCAUGGCGCUGCAAGUCUGCACAUUUGCCGUCAACUAUCGGGGCCGCCCGUUCAUGGAGAGUCUGUGGGAGAACAAGCCGAUGCUCUACUCGAUCAUGUUCUCCGGCGGAUCCGUGUUUGCACUGGCGUUCGGGGCCAGCGACGACUUGGUCACCCAGUUUGAACUCGUCAAGCUGCCGCUCCAUAUCCGCGAUGCGCUGGUGUACAGCGUGCUGGGCGAUCUGCUCGGCUGCUUCGCCAUCGAUCGAACCCUCAACUAUUUCCUGGGUGAUAUGUUC